UUUAUGUUGGACUUACACAAGGGAUCAUUUCAAAACUUGUGCACCUUAUCGAUGUCUAGCUAUAUUUCUGGUAUGUUACUCAGCUUUAGCUAUCUCACAACCUUUCAGAAGCUGCAAGCGCUGCAUUCGGUUACGGAAAUAUUAACCAACAACAUGUCAAUGAGCUGUAUGGUAGUAAUAACGAGUUACUUGAGUCCCUACUCCAGAGAAUUCAUGUAGGUCCUGGUUUGUAACUAACAUCCCAUAUAAGACUCUGGAAAGUGAACGACACAUAUUAAAGCUUCGGCUGGAGGCGGUGGAGAAUGAUUACGAUGCUCAGGUUAAGGAACUUCAAACAGAUAUAAUUGCUAUGCGUGCUGAUUUAAAAAGGGAAAGAAAAAUGUGUAAACAGAUAGAAAAGGAGAAAAACACAACAAUAAGUGAUCUAAUUCAGCAGAACCAGUCCCUAACACAACGUCUAAACUGUUCGAGUGAGAAUGAGACGCAGUUACGAGAGGAACUGUCUAGCUUGAGAUCAGAGUUUUUAAAACAUAAAUCCUCAAUGCAGGAGCACGUUCAGUCAAUUGAAUCCCUUCGGCAGGAAAUUACUAAAUUAAGAGAAGAAAAAAGCCAUCUUGAAAGUCAACUGAGCGCUGUUGUUGAGGAAAGAAACAAUUUAUUAGAAUCACUCGGAGAAUCUUAUCAAGAAAUAAAUAUGUUGAGAAGUGUAGCAAGCGAACAAGUUGCUACUAUAAAUAAUCAAGAUGCAGAGAUUACAAGGUUACAAGAAACAGCUAACAUGCUCCACAAUCGACUUCAGAUAUUGUCAUCUCAAAAGGGAAGCCAGAACGACAAUUCAAAUCAGAGUGGUAAUACAAAACCGGCUGAUACUCGUCCACAUCGUUCUCUUAUGGCUGAGCUGGCUGAACAAAAAAUGGUUCAAAUGGAGAACUUCGGUGGUUUACUUUCAGCACUGGAAGAUGACGAUGACGUUGAGUUUGAAAUGGAUGAUGAUUCAUUUUUAGCGUACUUAUCGUGUUUUGAUCAGGACGUAGUUGUAGAUACUGCACUUCCGUCGAAUUCAAGUGCUGUUCCACCAAAGUCUGAAGCAAACACAAAAGAGACCUUCUUAAAUGCACUACGAUCCGAAGUAAAAGAAAUAUAUCAACAAAUGAAUCAAAUGUGUGCUGAUGUCUAUGCACUUACUGGAGCUAAACAACAAGAAUACUCGAAAGUUGGUACACAAACACCUGAUGAACUGGCUAUGGUUGAAAUGGAUUUUCGUUUAGGAUCAUUACGUUCUGUGCUGUCUGAUUUACGUGGUUUACUGAAAGAUUUAAGAAUUGAAAUUCCUGAACAAACUGUAUUAUCAAGUCUGUCUAAAGAAAAACAAGAAACUGGUGAAGGUGAAAGCAAAACAAAUCAAACACAACCUAACUGUAUGUCUACUGCAUUGAAUGAAGACGAUCAACCAAUUACUACUUAUGAAAUGGAAUGUCAGAUUGUUCGUUCAGAACGUGAUGCACUAGCUGCUGAACUAUUAAAUGCCCAACAAGAACUGCUUCAACUCAAACAGCAAAUUGAGACAGGUUCCGGUAAUGCUGCUGACACACUUAACCAUCCUGUCACUAAAGGAAAUAAUUUCGUCGCUAAAUGGGAGGAAUUCGAAGAAGAGAAAUAUGAAUUUGAAAUGCCUCAUUAAAAUUUGUCCCGUUGCUUCCAAAUUUGAGAGGAUUUUUUUACAGCUGCCAUAAUUAUUGCAUAAUUUAAAUAAAUCUUUCCUUUCUCAUGGAAAAUUAUUAUUAUUAUUGCUAUUAUUUUUCUGACAUCCUAUUUGCUGGAUGAUUUUCUUCCCGUAUAUGAACAGAAACAAAAACUCAUUACAACAUUUGUCUCUGAAUAUUGUCGUCAAAAUGUCAUGUGAUCUCAAUCUGGUUGCAUUUACUUUCUUCUUUUUUAUAUAUAUAGAUGUUGUAACUCAUUUUAUUAUAUAUCAUCUGUGAAUUAUUUAAAAAGAAAUAAAAUAAAAUAAAUAAUAUA